GACGUGUCAGUGGCCACCUUUCAGGAGUUAAUGGAGAAAGCUCUUCAGGUCUUGAACCUAAACAGCACAAGAGCUUCAGUGUCGCUGGUUUUGGCAAAGGAUGGAACGAAGGUGGACAGCAAUGAAUUUUUCCUCUGCUUGCCUGAGAACACCGAAUUUCUUGCACUUAUAGGAAGCAAGCAGUGGACACAUACUAAGACAGAUGGAGGGACUAUUUGGAUGGAGCAGGAAUCAGCAGAAGACGUGACCAAUACCCAGCUUCCGAAGGCAGAGAAGUCCAUGGAGAACUAUCCCAGCAUCAUCCUAUAUUCAACAUCUGACAGUACGGAUUUGUGCACAAAUGAUGCAAAGACACCCACCACCAGACUUGAAUGGGAACGUGCAGAAUGUCCAGCAAUUGCAGGACUCAUGUCAGCAGCAACAGAGGACGUACUGCAAACAAAUGCAGAACAUGAAUUUGUUCUCCAGUAUAUAUCACGUCGCAAAAGAAAAGCUCAGCCCAAAUCUGCAGAGGAAAAAGCAAGUUAAAGAUGAGCUCCG